AUGCAGUGGUGCCCAGUCUGCAGCAGCCGCCUGUCCCUCCCAGCCUUCAACUCGGUCAGGCUGGCAAUUCCUCUAUCUUGCAACAACGGCACCCGCUCUUGCUCGAUCUCUCUGAUGCCACAGGGACCACAAGUUGCCCUUGAUUGGGCUCUGAGCGUGCAUCAAAAGUGGAAGAAGGUUGAUGGCAGAGUUGCAAACACUGCACAUAUCUGCAAGACCUACGGUCUGUGCAAGACCUGGGUGGUCCGCCUCCCAAAUGGCGUGUAUGAGUUCAUGUCCGCGUACGCGGACUACUUCGGUCAAGUGUGGACCGAUUAUUUCUACUAUUGGCCAUACGAUUAUCCCAAGGAUUCAAGUCUCCUUGGAUGGGACGACGACUUGUGGGAGCAGGGUGUGGACAUGAUGCUGGCCACACACGAAGCGUGCUUGCGGGUGGAGGAGUGUUCAGGAAUGUAUUGA